AUGGCGUCUACUUCAACUUCAUUAGUUCAGAAAAGCAGCUUUAAGUACGACGUGUUUUUAAGUUUUAGAGGUGAAGAUACUCGAAAGAACUUUGUUGAUCAUCUUUAUCAUGCUUUUGACCACAAAAGCAUUCUUACUUAUAAAGAUGACGAGAGAAUCACUAAAGGGAAAAGAAUCAGUGAUGAGCUCAUCGCAUCUAUUGUAGACUCGAGGUUCUACGUCGUUGUUUUCUCCAAGAACUAUGCAUCUUCGUCAUGGUGUUUGGAUGAGCUUGUGCAGAUCAUGGAGGAGUGCCACAAGUCAACCUUCCAUACCGCUUACCCUGUCUUCUAUGAUGUCCAACCAACAGAGAUCCGGAAACAAAUUGGGUCUGUCGGAGAAGCCUUUUCCAUACAUGAAAAACAAGAUGCUGAUGCUGCUCGGAUUUGGAGACAGGCAUUGAAAGAAGCAGCAGAUCUGGCUGGCUGGGAGUUGAAAAACACACUUGAUGGGCAUGAAGCUAAAUUUAUUCAAAAAAUUGUUGAAGAGAUUUCACUUGAGUUACGUUUCAUUGAUUCGGGUAUUGAUGGAAAGUUAAUAGGCAUGGAAUCCCGGGUAAAGGGUGUUGUAUCAGCUUUGGAAACUGGGUCUGAUGAUGUUCGCAUUAUCGGGAUCAAGGGGAUGGGAGGUGCAGGGAAGACAACUUUGGCCAGAGCUGUUUUUGAUUACAUAUCCAUUCAUUUCGAUGGUCAAAGCUUUGUUGAGAAUGUAAGGGAAGUUUCUAAAGCUUCUUUAUCUGGUUUGAAAAAAUUGCAAAAACAAGUUAUUUCAGAUGUCCUAAAUGAUCAAGGAAUCAAAAUAAGUAGUGUUCAUGACGGGAAGAACUUGAUGAAAAAGAUGAUGUGUGGUCGAAAAGUUCUUAUUGUUCUAGAUGACGUGGAUAAUAUAGAACAGCUUGAGGCGUUAGCUGGUGAGCCUAAUUGGUUUAAGGCAGGAAGUAGAAUUAUCAUUACAACUAGAGACGAGCAAGUGCUAGUUGCACACCGAGUGAACUUGAUUCGUGAUGUCAAUCUGUUAUCAGGCGAAGAAGCUGUUUGCCUCUUUAGUAGGCAUGCUUUUGGAAAAGUGAUUCCGAUUCAUGGGUAUGAAGAGCUAUCAAGACAAGUUGUAUGUUAUGCUGCGGGUCUUCCCUUAACCAUUAGAGUUUUGGGCUCGUUUCUUUGUGGUAAAAAUGAGCUUGAAUGGAAAGAUUCCAUAGAUAGACUAAAAAAGAUUCCCUUGAGGGAAACUCUAGAGAAAUUGGAAUUAAGCUAUAUUGGUCUAGAGGAAGAUUACAAAGAAAUAUUCCUAGAUGUUGCAUGCAUAUUGAAAGGGUGGAGAAAAGAUUAUGUAGUUAAAGUGCUUGAAAGUUGUGGAUUUCAUGCUAGAAAUGGCUUGAGAGCUCUUGAGCAAAAAUCUCUCAUUACUACUGAAUAUGGCUACUUGGGCAUGCAUGACCAUAUUGAAGAAAUGGGCAAAAAUAUUGUUCGCCGUUUGCACUCCAGUGAGCCUAAUAGACAUAGCCGAUUGUGGAUUCAAGAGGAAAUUAAAGAUAUAUUGGCUAAUGAUUUGGGUACCGAAGCAUCAAGAUGUAUAACAAUGGAUAUGACCGAGGAUUGCUGCCUAGAGACUUUCAUUAAAAGUCUUGGAAAGAUGAAGAAACUUAGAGUUCUUGACAUAUAUGGAAGUGCAGAUGACACUAACACUAGUAAACUUCUCCAGAGCUUACCAAAUGCUUUACGAUAUCUUAGAUGGGACUUUUACCCUUUCAAGUCUUUGAUGAAAUCAUUUCAAGAAGACCAUCUUGUAGGACUUCGCUUGCAUAAUAGUAAAAUUGAACAAUUCUGGAAAUGCGGAGAAAGAAAGGUUCUUAAAAAGCUCAGAUUCCUUGACAUGAAUUCAUCACGUAUGAGAACUUUGGACCUUGAGACAAUUCCAAAUAUCGAAACGGUAAAUCUUGAAGGAUGUGUUGAUUUGGUAGAACUUCACAUGCCCUUCGAAUGUUCAAAGCUUAAAGCCCUCAACCUUCAAUAUUGUGCAAUGUUGAGGACUCUUAAGCUUGCGCCUACUCUAAAUCUUGAGACCCUUAGUCUUAAAGGAUGUCAUGAUUUGUUAGAACUUCAUAUGCCCUUCCGAUGUCCAAAGCUCAAAGCCCUCAACCUAAAUUGCUCAAAGUUGAGGACCCUUGAAUUUGGGCAGACUCUUGAUUUGGAGAUAUUAAGUAUUGAAAGAUGUGAUUUGUUAGAACUUCACAUGCCCAACGAGUGUCCAUACCUCAAAUCCCUUGGUGUUAAUUCUUCAAAGUUGAGGAACCUUAGCCUUGGGUCGACUCCGGAUCUUGAGAUGUUAAGUCUUGAAGGAUGUCUUUUCGAUGUCCAAAGCUCAAAGCCCUUAGCCUUAACUGCUCAAAGUUAA